UGUGUUGAGCUGAAUGUUACUCUGGAUGUCUGAAAGUUCACUUAGUUUUCUUAGAAAGAAACCGUAUCCCCAACCCUGUAAACACACACACAGAGGGAACAGCAGCAAUUCUUGCUUGUGAGGAAGACAGGUUAUUGAGGGUUGGGUGAAGGGUGGCUGAGCUGGCUUCCCGCUGCAGAGUUUGCAGAGUAACACCAAUCAGAUGGCAAUAAAUCUUAAACAUUGAUCCCACAGAGAUACAGAGGUAGCUUUGCAAAACGUGGGAUUUCAGCAGAGGUUCUUCUGUAACAUGCUCAUGCACAGGAGAAACGUUAAAAUGACAAAAUAAAGCAAACGAUCCAAACUGCAUCAUGUGCAUGCGGCACGUCUGAAAUCUUUAAAAAAGACACUGAACAAGCUGAGUCUAGCUUCACCACCAUCUCCGCCUUCUCUCUCUCUCUCUCUCUCUCCCUGUCUCACUUCAGUUCACUCCCUCACUAUCUAUAUAAAGUCAGUUUGACUGAGUAUCUUCUGCUGCGUGUGCACUCAGCACCAGCCAUCAUUCUCACACACACUCACUCUCACACACACAAACUCCCAGUAUGCAGCUGCUCGAACUCCUGAAACGCUUUGCAUGAGGUGGCCGUUUCUCUGGAAUCUUAUGAUCCUACAUAUUGAGUGUCCCCUCCUUCAGAGUGUGAGGGGGACGGGCUCCCCAGUGGUUACGGCUCUAGGGACUCCAUCCUCAGAGCCAGCACAGAGAGGGACUGGAAAAGACGAAAACGGGGGCAACUAGGGCGGCUUAACAGGUGAGCACCACUGUUAUGAUCGCAUCUGUUUUAGCUAUUCAUGACAUGGAUCGCUUAUCUUUUAUAGAUACUCAUGCAACAUCUGUUCAGUUAAAGGCAGGUCACAGAGCAGGCUUUAUGUGCUGGAUGUUGCAUUCAAUGUGUGUCAGCAGAGUGGUGAUGACUGAGUCCAUUUAAUGCCUGCUGUGGACCUAAUAGUCUGGCUGCUGCAGGCGUGUGGGCAGCCUGGGCUGCUGUCAGGCUCCGUAGUCAGUGUGUAACCAGUCUACUUGUGUGGUUGCUGAUAUUUCAGCUGCAGCAACUCCAGCGCUGAGGCUGGCAGAGAGAAGCAGCAGCCAACGUUUGGACUGAGUGGAGGUGCAGCCAUGCGCUGCUCCACCCUGCUCGCCAUCUUGACGGGGGUUCUUCUUUACUUGGUGCUGGGAGCUGUGGUGUUCCGUGCCCUGGAGGCUCCGCAGGAGGAGGGCGUGCACAUGAAGCUGCAGGACACACGCCGGGACUUCCUGCUGAACUUCUCCUGUGUCGACUCAGACAAGCUGGAGGUUCUUAUAGAGGAGGUGGUGGAGGCCACUGGAGCAGGUGUGGAUCCCAUAGGCAACGCUACAUUUGUCAGCAAAUGGGAUCUGGCCAGUGCCUUUUUUUUCUCAGGAACCAUUAUCACAACAAUCGGUUUUGGAAACAUUUCUCCCAAAACAGAAGGAGGGCAGCUGUUCUGCAUCUUCUAUGCCCUGGUGGGAAUCCCAAUGUUUGGUAUCCUGCUCGCUGGAGUGGGAGACCAUCUGGGUACUGGGCUGAGGAAAACUGUGGCCAAGAUAGAGAAGCUCUUCCUGAAAUGGCGAGUUAGUCCCACCAUCGUGCGUGUGAUCUCAGCUGUCCUGUCCAUCCUAUUGGGUUGCGUGCUCUUUGUUGCGCUGCCAAUCUUCAUUUUUCAAGAGGUGGAGGAGUGGACCCUGCUGGAAUCAGCCUACUUCGUGGUUAUCACCUUGACCACAGUGGGGUUUGGAGACUAUGUUGCAGGGGAUUCAGGAAAGGAAGGCAGCGACCACUGGUACAAACCCUUGGUGUGGUUCUGGAUCUUGUUGGGGCUUGCAUACUUUGCAUCUAUCCUCACAAUGAUUGGUAACUGGCUCCGGGUUCUUUCAAAGAAGACCAGGGCUGAGAUGGAGGAGUUGCGAGCCCACGCCACUGACUGGACUCAGAACAUCCAAAAUAUGUCGGUGGACUUUCGCAUGCCAGGAAAAAUCGAUGACCCCUUUAAACGGCGUAGGAGAAAGCGCCGCCACGGCCCUCGAAGCCAUGGUCACAGUGUAUCAGCUAACGGGGUGCCUGAGGGGCAAGAAGAGCAGCGUGAGAGUCAGGAAGAGUCUGGGUCAUAUUCGUCUUCAUCAUCGUCCUCCUCUAAUGAGUCAGGGUCUGGAUCGGAGACGGAUUCUCAGGCCACUCAGACGGAGCGAGUCCCAGAAGAAAAGCCUGCAAAACCCAAACAGGAGGAGGCUCCUCCUGACCCCCACCUGUCCCAGCCUCUGGACUACUUUGGUGAAAACCUUGCAUUUAUUGACGAGUCCUCGGAUACUCAGAGCGGCAAACUACAUUUGGAUCCCCUGCUAAAUCCAACAAAGCCCAAUCCCCGUCAGCCAAAAAGGAGACGCCACAGAAGGCCAGUUCCUCAGAGGAACCACAAAAACAACAGCCCCAACAGCACUAACAAGAAGGAACCCAAUAGAAACCCCAGAUCCGUUCCAGAUUUGCCACCCAAGCCUUGUGAAUGAUAGCAAAUGUAUUGAAUCUCGUUUGACAGAGGAGUUUUAAUUGUAGAAUAUAUAGUGCCUGCAUACAGACAUUCAAGAUAAAAACAAGAUGUCGAAGCCUUAGCCACGUGUGGUUUUGCAUUUAAUGUUCUUAGCAUGUGAGUGUUUAUGCCUCCCUUAAAGGUGAUGAAGAGAUUUUCAUGCCAGUGUUCCCUUUACUUGCUGAGGAGUUACUGCUCUCUAGUGGGCCAGGACUGAAGUGCAGUACGACUCUGUGAACAAUCUUUAUAGUAGUCACGAUAAACUUUAUACACCAGUGUGCUGAAGAGAGGCUUCUCUGAUCUGUGACAGUAACUACUGAAUCCCUCCAACAAAUAAACAGGUACUUGAGAUCCUCUUGUACAUUUUUGGUAUGUAUUGAAAUCUUUUUUAAAUCCUGUAAACUGCAUUAUAUUUAGAUUUUCAUGGCCAAAUGCAUUGAAUUCUAUUGCACUACAUACAUCUGCCUAAUAAAGUUGUUUUUAAU